ACUUAACAGCUUCCUCUCUUAACCAGCAGGAGAAAAACACCCGAGCUGAGCAACUGCAGAACACGUUCAUUUCUCAAUUUGUUGAAAACCCUACCCAGCUUUCAGACAAGUUUUACUACUUUUAUUCUUUUUCUUUUUUAAAUUUCCUGCUUUUUCUUUCUUUCGUUCUUUUUACUGGACAAGUCUCUCUCUCUCUCUGUCUCUCUCUGUCUCUCUCUCUCUCUCUCUCUGUCUCUCUCUCUCUCUCUCUCUCUCUCUCACACACACACACACACACACACACACACUGGUAAACAAGGAGCCCCUCCUGCACGAAGUGGGGAAGACCCAUCCUUUGGAGAUACCUGCACCAACGUUACAAAGACUAUUUGCCUUGGGAGACAGCAAAGAGUAGGAGCAAAAUGCCACUCGUCCGAUCCCUUUCGGUCACUUCUCUCAACGGUCUCCCUCAAUGGGACAGCGAAGAUUUACCCGUAGAAGACCUACUACUCUUUGAAGUCUCCUGGGAAGUCACCAAUAAAGUCGGUGGCAUCUGCACGGUGAUCCAGACAAAAGCCAAAACUACUUUAGAAGAAUGGGGGGAAAAUUACUUUCUCCUUGGCCCUUAUUUCGAGCACAAUGUAAAGACACAGGUGGAACUUUGUGAACCUCCCAACGUGGCAGUGAAGAAAGCCAUGGAUGUGAUAAAAGCCAAUGGGUAUCAGGUCCAUUUCGGGAGAUGGCUGAUUGAAGGAAGCCCAUAUGUGGUGUUGUUCGAUAUAGCAUCAGCAGCUUGGAAUCUGGAUAGAUGGAAAGGGGAAUUCUGGGACGCUGGCCAUAUUGGCAUUCCUUACCAUGACAGAGAAGCAAAUGAUGUUCUCAUCUUCGGAUCGCUAACUGCCUGGUUUUUGAAAGAGCUUGUCGGUCAGUUUGAAGAGAAGCCUAAUGUUAUAGCUCACUUCCAUGAAUGGCAGACUGGCCCCGGCCUCAUCCUGUGCCGGUCCAGGAAGAUUCCAGUUGCUACCAUUUUCACAACACACGCGACCCUGUUAGGAAGGUACCUCUGUGCAGCCAGCAUAGAUUUCUACAAUCAUUUGGAUCAGUUCGAUAUAGAUAAAGAAGCAGGGGAAAGGCAGAUAUACCACAGGUACUGCAUGGAGCGGGCAUCUGUGCAUUGUGCCCAUGUCUUCACCACGGUCUCUCAGAUAACGGCCAUAGAAGCGGAGCACAUGUUGAAGAGAGCAACUGAUGUUGUCACACCCAAUGGCCUAAACAUUAAGAAAUUCUCGGCUAUGCAUGAAUUUCAGAAUUUGCACGCCACCAAUAAAGCCAGGAUCCAAGAGUUCAUUAGAGGUCAUUUCUACGGCCAUCUUGAUUUCAACCUUGAAAAGACUUUGUUUUUCUUCAUUGCCGGGAGAUACGAGUUUUCAAACAAAGGAGCGGACAUGUUUUUGGAGGCCUUAUCAAGAUUAAAUUUCCUGCUGAGGGUGCACAGAAGUGAUGUCACAGUCGUUGUAUUCUUUAUAAUGCCGGCAAAAACCAACAAUUUCAACGUGGAGACACUGAAAGGCCAGGCAGUCCGGAAACAGCUUUGGGACACUGCACAUUCAGUGAAGGAAAAAUUUGGUAAGAAACUCUAUGAAGCACUGCUAAGAGGAGAAAUUCCUGACAUGAACAAGAUUAUAGAUCGUGAUGACCUAACUAUUAUGAAACGAGCCAUCUAUUCCACCCAGCGGCAGAGCCUCCCACCCGUGACAACACACAACAUGAUCGAUGACUCUGGCGAUCCCAUCCUGAGCACCAUCAGACGGAUCGGUUUGUUCAAUAAUCGGACGGAUCGAGUUAAGGUAAUCCUGCAUCCCGAAUUUCUUUCUUCGACCAGCCCAUUAUUACCAAUGGACUAUGAAGAGUUUGUCAGAGGCUGCCAUCUUGGAGUCUUUCCAUCCUAUUAUGAACCCUGGGGGUAUACUCCAGCUGAAUGCACCGUCAUGGGCAUCCCCAGCGUUACCACGAACCUGUCGGGAUUUGGCUGUUUCAUGCAGGAACAUGUAGCUGACCCGGCUGCUUAUGGCGUUUACAUUGUGGACCGGCAAUUCCGUUCUCCGGAUGAGUCUUGCAAUCAGCUGACCCAGUUCCUGUAUGCAUUCUGCCAACAGUCAAGACGACAAAGAAUUGUCCAGAGGAACCGAACAGAAAGGCUUUCAGAUCUGCUGGACUGGAGAUAUUUAGGGAGAUAUUAUAUGCAUGCCAGACACUUAGCUCUGAGCCGGACUUUUCCUGAAAAAUUUGAGAUGGAACCAAAUGCCCCACCCAAGACUGAGGGUUUUUGUUAUCCACGUCCUUCAUCAGUCCCUCCCUCGCCUUCCGUUUCUCAGCACAACAGCCCCCACCAGAGCGAUGAGGAAGUGGAAGAUGAUGAAAGAUACGACGAGGAGGAAGAGGCUGAGAGGGACAGGCAGAACAUAAAAUCCCCCUUCUCCUUCACUGCUAUGCCAACAAGGAAGAAGAAACAGCAUGGGGAAUAUAGGAACUAAUCCAUCCAAUCCUUCUUUCAUGGCCUUCAGUUGGUGCUACUGCCUCAGAUAUAUACAUGUCAACCUAGAGGAGAGGUAGGCAACUUUGGCUCUUUUAUGACUCGUGGACUUCAACUCCCAGAAUUCCUGAGGCAGCCAUGCUGAGGGGAAAGGGAGAGGUUUCCACGCUUAGCCAUGCAGGCUCAGGAAUUCUGGGAGUUGAAGUCCACAAGUCAUAAAAGGGUCAAGGUUGCCUAUGCCUGCUCUAUAUCAUUCAGACAAAUAGCUGUCCAGUCUCUUAGCUACAAGUUUGAAGGCAGCUUUUCCUCACUAUUUUCUUUAAUAGACAAUUUUUAUGCAGCUUUUCUCAGCGAUGUUUUUCUUCAUAGGAAUAUUAGUUAAAGGCCAACUAUUUUCUGUAUAUGACAGUGGUAGGCAACCUUGGCUCUUUUAUGACUCGUGGACUUUCAACUCCCAGAAUUCCUGAGCCAGCAUGGCUCAGCUUGGAAACUUCUCCCUUUCCCCUCAGCAUGGCUGGCUCAGGAAUUCUGGGAGUUGAAGUCCACCAGUUAUAAAAGAGCCAAGGUUGCCAAACCCUGAGCUAGAGGCUAGAGAGCUAUACUGGACAGUCAGGAAAUAUCAGGGAAUCCUGCCAGAACCAAAUAUCAAAUUCAAUCAUUUGAAUUCCUAUUUUUUCCUAUUGUAAUUCUGAUGAUGUUUUUUUUUUUUUUUUAAAUUUCAUCUUCCUCUUUGGAGUUAGAAGACGACGGCAUUAAAGAUUAAAGAUCAGGAUCGCC